AUCCCCCCCUUUUUGCGCACAGAGGACCACUCUGAGCGCGUCUGGCGCCCCUCUGGCCUCCGCGCGCUUUCUCGUCCUCUGAUCUGAUGCGGCCGUUCUGAGCCCCGGCCUCAUCGCAUCCCUGCCCUGCUUGCACUCAUGACAUCUGAUUCAGCAGUUGCGCUAGAGGACGGCAUCUGGAUUCAGCAGGUCGCUAGAGGUUACUUCCAGUUUUGCCGCGACCUGUCUGAUGGCAUCAAGAACCAGCUUGCAGACUACUGCGACAAGGUCAGGGCGUCCCCCCACUACUUCACCUCGUCGCCGGUGCUGCAGGGCUACCCCAACCUCUCGCGCAUCUUUGAGGACGCCACCAGCCAGGAGAAUGCCACACUCGAGCUGCUGCGGGUCAGCGACCCAAGCACCCGAAGCGUGUUGGUCUUAAUGCAGACGAUUCGGCCUUCGUGUGCGUCUACCGGGGCGAGCCGAAGGCUGCCUCAGACAAGGUCAGGAGGCAGGGAGGGGGGCACUCCACAGAUGGAAUAAUGAUCUGUGUGUUUUGUGUGUGGCUGUGGCUGUUGAUUUGGUUUGUCCACACAGAGCAUCACGUUGCUGGGUGAGCUGACGGGUGAGGUGGUGCCGCAGACGCCCGAGGCAUGGGACGACCCCCGGUACAUCUGGCCGCUGUGCUUCGUUGACGACGCACUCCCGCCACCACACCCUCCCAACGGCAACACACCCAGCUCCCACUCACAGCAGGAGCCGGAGCCAGAGCAGUCGCUGCAGCGGCCAGCUGUGCCAAAGGACGACAGCCUGAUGCUCGACUUCCGCGCGGCCAAGAACCGCGUGGCCUAUUUCCAGCCGGCUGCGGUCUUGCAGGGCAUGCAGCAGCGACAAUCUAACGCGCAGUUCGCCGUGGUCGGUCAGCACACGAACGAGUGGGUUGUGGUUGGUGGUCGUGUGUGUGUGUGUGGCCACGUGUGUGUGUGUGUGAGUGUGAGAGAGAGAGAGAGAGAGAGAGAGUGGUUUGUUGGUUGGUUGUGUAUGGGUGCAGGUGUAUCAUGACGGCUGGCCGCACCUGUUGCUGCACCGCAAGCCCGGCACGGCACUCAACCCGGGGGACGAGAUACUCAUCGACCUGCCCCCCAACAUGACAACCAAAUACAAGUGCUACAUCGCCGAACGACUCUACUCACAAGAGUCGGAGAGUGCCAGGUAGUCAGUCAAGAAAGGGACCACACGAAUAUGGAUGCGCUCGAUGGUGGAUGUGAUGUGUGUACGUGCAUGUCAUCAGGGACGCUGCCAGGCUCCGUGAGCUCAACGUGCAUUUCAUGCAGAAGCUGCAGCGUGUCAGUGACGAUAGGAACCUGGCUCUAGACGCUGCAGACAAGUAAGCGACAGACAGAUGGACGAUGAGAGCGGGAUCUUGUGCGGGACUUACCUGUCAGGCUGCGGGAUAUUAUGCGGGACGGUCAGAGGGGCCACGACAAGGAGAAGGCCUCACUCGAAGAGACUAUCGCCAAGUACGAGUGUCGGCAACAGCCUCAGGCUCAAGCUUGACUCGUGGCUGUCUGCAUCAAUAUCUGUCUCGCUGGUUUCAGGCUGCAGUCGAGCAAGAGCUCACUCGAGGCCGAGCUCACGCACCUCCGCAGUCACCAGACAGACAGGUGAGCGACCACCUGACAGCACUCACCCACCCCCACGGCCAUGUAUCUCAUACUUUUCAUGCACACAAGACAGACAGACAGACAGACGGACAGGCAGGCAGCUCGCUGUAUUCACGGGCGGGCGUGUGUGUGUGUGGCUGCAGGCUGAAGCAGAGUGAGAAGGCCCGCAAGCAGCUCGAGGCGGCCAACCGCGACAAGGACAAAGAGAUCAAAAGGUAGGGCCUCGAGUGGAUGCACGGGGCCCAUCGCCCCACCCCGUUCCCCUCUGCUGUGCCGUCUGUCUGUUUGUCUGUCAGCAUGCAGGAGCAGCAUCGCCGGCAGCUGCAGGAGGAGGCCCAGCGUAUCAACAAGUCAGUCCGUAUGGCACCACAUGCAUAGAAGGAGAGUGGAUGCACGGGGCCCAUCGCCCCACCCCGUUCUCCUUUGCUAUGUAUGCCGUCUGUCCUGUCGUGUCCUGUCAGAAAGCAAGAGCAUCAUCGCCGGCAGUUACAGGAAGAGCGCCAACGUAGCGAAACGUAUGUGCGUGGUGGCCAGGCAGGCAGGCAUGCAGGCAGCAUGAGCAUGAUGGGCGGUCUUCUUUUUGUUUGCGCCUGCAGGGAGAUAGCCACGUCCGUAUGGCCGCACCACAAGCUUACAGGCAGGCCGAUCGUUGUCUUGUGCGUGUCAGGUUGCGAGAGUCUAUGGGGCCGCUUGAGGCGGAGCUGAUUAGCCUGCGAGAGAGUGAGAGCGGCCACGUCAAGGAGAAGGCAUCACUGCAAGAGACUAUCGCCAAGUACGUAUGCUUGUCGGCAACAGCCUCAUGCAGGCUCACUUCUGACUCCUGCAUGGCAUGGCUGUGUGCAUCAAUCUACCUCUCUCUGGUGUCAGGCUGGAGGCGAGCAAGCAGUCGCUCGAGACGGAACUCACGCACCUCCGCAGCCAGCAGAUAGACAAGUGAGCACCUACCUACAUGGCCACCUUUUCUCCCUUUGCUAUUUCCAUCAGUUUGAGGGCCUUGCUGACAUCGUCUGAGACCGAGCAGGAGCUCUCCCACGUUGUCAAGACCCUCAAGGACAAGCAAGAUGAGCUGCCGGAGCUACACCGCCUCAUCAGGGAGGCCGAGAGCCGACUGGAAGCCGCACACAAGAGGGCCAUGGAGCAGCGUGAGGCCGACCGGCAGGCUGCGGUGGAGCUUCAGCUGCAGCAGGCGGCCCGCGAGGCCAGGGAGACCAUCAACAAGGCCAGGGAGGAGGGGCGGGAGGAAAUACUCAAGUGCGCCAUCUGCAACGAGGAGGAGAAACGCAUCAUGCUGAUGCCAUGUGUAAGUACACACCAUCACAUCACAAACAGGCCCGAGAGGUCUGUCGUGCACGAGUGUGUGUGUGUAUGUGUGUGUAUGUGGGUUCAGCGGCAUCUGUGCAUCUGUCGUGGCUGCUGUGCUCAUAUCAUGAGCCUGCCUGUGGCGGCCCGCCUCUGCCCCGUGUGUCGCCAGAACAUCCAAAGACACACCGAGGUGUUUCUGCAGUGAGGCAGGCCAGGCCUUUGGUAGAUUGAUUGACGUAGCUACGCCCAUGCACCACACCCAACACAUAGCACAUAGCACAGCCACUGACUAGCUGUAGAUAUGUCCACACAAAGCUAUGCACGCCCAGAGAGACUUGUUGCGCAUGUGACUGUUGGGAGGGCGUGGCUGCCGGCUUGCACGCCAACCAGUGGCUGGGUGAGGGGAGGGGUCAUGCAAUGCAUGGUUUGUGCAUCUCUCUCUGCGGCUUUAUUGAC